UUUCUGGAUUUAUGAUUUUAUUAUUAUUUUAUUAUUAAAUCACGAGUUCCGCUCAAGAUCAGAUGAUCAAGGUCCACUGGCCUGUUUAAGAAAUUGGACCAGAAUGACACCAGCCCUCAACAAGAGAUCAGAAAAAGUGAGAAGGAUUCAAGUUGCAUCUCCUAUUUUAACCGGACCUGUGGAUCAUAUCGGUGCUGUGCUCGGUUUGGAAAUGAUGGACGACAGCUUUGCUAGAUUUUGCAUGAACCUCACCUCUCCGCCCCUCCUGAAUCCCUGCAGCCCCAAAAGAUCUUUGAAGCUUCCUGAGACGUUCCUACCAUCCCUGAUCCACAGUUUAGCUUCUUAUGGAACUGCACAUCCAAACACUGAACCUUCAGAGAAGCACAGUGCUGAUUCUCAGUCGCUUUAUGGUUUUGAUGGAGGUUGCUUGGAUUUAAAAGGUCGAAGAAGUGAUGUUGCAGAAGAGCGGCGUGAGAACCUUACAGAGCUGGAUCAGGAGGUUAUUCCAUCUAUUCCCGUACAGCAGCGAUGGGAGCGUGAAUCUGCAGAAACUGUAACUCAGCUUGUGCUUUUAUCAGAAAGAUCAAGCCGAAAUGACCACGUUGUACAGAACGAUGAUUUUGAAUCGUUUCCCAGUUUGCUGCCCUCCACUCUCACGGUGACUCGGGAGGAAGUGGAAGCUUGGAAGAAGUUUCUUACUGAUCAAAAUGCUGCCAUGAGAACUCGUACAAAGCGAGUGAAACAGAGACUCUGUGCAAUGCUGGCUGAACAUACAUUACAGCACUGUGAUGAGCAGCUGGAAGCACUGAGGAAAAAACUUUCACCCAGUUCUCCCAGUGGUGGCUUCAUCAGUCCUGAUCACUCAUCAAUGCCUCUGGGUUCCUCUGGGUUAAAUGUUUCAUCAGGGCAGCAGGAUGGAAGUUUCCUCUGCAGCUCAUCUGAUUCCUCUGUAAAGAAUCGUUCAGAGUCUGAGGAGUUAACCGGAGAAGUUCAGAGGUUGGCAUGGUGUGGACGGGCAGCGUUACGCCAGGUUCAGGAGGCUCUGGACUCAGAUGCCACAGAAAGCAGCUCAGAUGAGGAGUGGGAACCGGAAAUGACCAAAGGAGACAAACACAGCACAGACUGUCUGGGCUGUGAGUGGACGUUCCACUGUGGGAGAGCGAGGUUAGGAAGUGAGUGGACGUGGCUGAAGCUCCGACUGUCUGAGCUGGAUCUGAGGAUUGAUCAGAUCUCACAGCUCCAUCAGCACCUCGUUACCAACAAGGGAAGUGUGGCAUUGGCUACGUCUCAGCCUCUGACGGACAGGCAGAUUCAGCAGACGCUCUUGAGUGAGACGGCUGGUUUAUCGUUCACAGCGAGGGGCGUAAACAGUCAGAAUCCUGAUCUCGACACCGAGCCCGUCAGCCCAGCGCGUCUGCUCAGGAACAUCGAGCGACAGAGCGCUCAGCUCAGUCAGAUCGUCAACAGUCUGAUGAUUCCACCGACCAUCUCACCCUCCUGCUCUCCUGAACCCAAAACCUUCAACCGCUGGAGAGGCCCGAGGAAAAGACCCCUUAGCAGUUCGCUGCCGGGCGUGGCCCUUCACUCCGGCUCCUCGUGUCUGGUAGAGCAGAAGAAGAGACGGGUGUGGCGGGGGGGUCGACGCCCCUCUCAGGUGGACGUUACCUGUGUGUCAGCACGUACUCGCCCGCUAGUGAGCUACUACAAGCCCCGCCUCUACACCAUGGACCAAUCAUCAGCCACGCAGCAGGCAGCAGAUUCGGCGACGCCCCGCUGUGUGAGUGUGUGUUCAGACCCGGCCAGCACAAGCAGUGUUAGCACGAUCGACGCCGCUACAAUCACAGACGAGACACAGAAGCGUUCAGCACCACUCAACACGGCUCACUACAUGGAGGACUGGAUUCAGCCGCCGGUGUUCAGUUUCACACCCUCAAUGUUCAACCACACACACCAGCUACAGACUGGCAGGCGUGUCCAGAACCUCAGGAAACACUCGACCCCCGUCCGGUGGGCACAGGACAGUCAGGAGACACCAGUACAAACCCGCAGACGGGCACUGAAGAGACGGCUCCAGCUCCAGGCCGAUCUGGACCUUUGUGUUUCACCCGUCGGCCCAGUUUCUCCCAGUACUGAGGACAGUGUGGGUGUUCAGGACGCCCUCACACCCCGACACGUCAACACACAACACAAACCUGCACAGUUUGCAGUGCGCAGACGAAACGGUGAAUGUGUUUUUAAUAUAAACAAUGUCAUCCUUCCCACCGUGUCCCUGACCACCCUGAACAUGAUGAAGAAGCUUCAGUGUCUGGAGAUUCUCACACCCAGCUGGAGGCUCGUCAGUCGUUCUCCAGUGAAGAAAGAAGAAGAUUCAGAUCAGGUGGAGCUUCUGUCAGAUAAAGUUUUUACUCAGAGGCAUCAGCGGUUCGAGCGCAGAGAGAAACUGAGAUGGAACUCAUGGCAGAAGAUCAGAAGAUCCAUGCCAAACACCAGACGCUCCAGCAGCCGUGUCGAGAUUUCAGGGGAUUCUGUACCUGUAACCAGCAGCACAACUUCAGAUCCAGCAGGAAUCCAGACUGAGGAAAGAGAGCCUCAGACACCCUGGAAGAGACGCGUCUUCCCCCUGACUGAGGAGGAACAGAAAGCUCUGAGAUGUGAUGGAGACCUGAGGACAGCAGUGGACAGAAUCUGCUCAGAGAAACAGGAACUGGACUCCAGAUUCUCACAGAAGCUUCUGGAGAACAGCGUGUCUAUCCCGCUCUCACACCUCCCCCUGCUGGACACACUGAGAAGUGCAACUAGCCGCCAGAGACAGUAGUGAACAGGUGAGAUGAACUCUGUGUAAACAGAGCUGGACGUGACUCCCAUAAAUCAGAAGAAACUCUGAGCUGAAUAAAACUUCACACUUUACAUUUAUUAAACAUAAACUGUGUGAGUGGCGCUGGGUGGCGCUCAGGUGGUGCAGCUGUCUGUCCGGGUUCGAAUCUCAGUGGUGCUAUCAGUCAGCCAGACAUCUACACAGACAUGAUCAGCUCUGUCUGAGGGCAGGGUGUUCCUGCCCUGCACUCAGUGUUUCAGGGUGCACCGUGACCCUGAUCAGGAUAAAGUGGUUUGACGGAAAUUUAAUUCUUUUGCUGUUUGAACCAUCUCCACACUGGCUGAAGAGAACCACAGACUAGCACUGACUGACCACUUCAUCACACAGUGUUUGAUUCUCCCAGUCAGUUGUUCUGUGUACAGUCAGUCAAUGUCUUACAGACGUGUGUCAGCAUCUCGACCGGACAGCAGAAGUGUUAAGAAACUUCAUCCACCCUCCUCUACAUCAGAAGUGUCCACUUGUGUUUGAGCGCCCAGCCAGGCUGGUAGCACCACUAAAAUUGAACAUGAGCACUGCUGAGACUCCCUGCAGUUAUGGUACAGCAUGUUCGCCCGCAGCGCCACCCGAGCGCUCAGAUAUUUAAUCGUUAGGUCGUGAGUUCACAGAAUCUACUGUGAACAUCCUGAAGCUCUCAGAUAUUUUAAUAACAGAAGAAGAAGUGUGGUGACGUGUGGAUCAACUUUUACUGUGUAAAUAAAAUGUAAAGAUUUACUGUAAUGUACAGAUUGUUUAGAUUGAUCCUGUAUUUAGGCGUCGCCACAGCAGAUCUGCUCCUCAGUUCUUACACCGGAUUCCCUUCUUGAAGCAACCGUCCUAUUUCUGUCCCGGUUUGGGAUUGGCUGGGUGUUUUAUAUAUAGUAUGAUAUAAUAUAAUAUAAUAUGUAUAUAUACAGUUUAUUCUUUACACGCCUAAGAAGAAUCUUCUUACUUUGGGGCAUUAAUGUGACUGUUUGUUGGUUUAUAAAGUAUUAUAAUUUGUAUUU